AUGUCGGUCACGCUGCACACCAACCUCGGCGACCUCAAGAUCGAAGUGUUCUGCGACAUCACCCCCCGCGCAGCCGAAAACUUCCUCGGUCACUGCGCCUCCGGCACCUACAACAGUGUCAAAUGGCAUCGCAACAUCAAAUCGUUCAUGAUCCAGACCGGCGAUCCAACCGGGACGGGCAAAGGAGGACAUUCGAUCUGGGGCAAACCGUUCGCAGAUGAGAUCCGUUCGACGCUCAGGUUUGAUCGUCGUGGAAUCGUCGCAUGUGCAAAUGCGGGUCCGGACACCAACAAGUCGCAGUUCUUUAUCACGUAUGCAAAGCAGCCGCAUCUGGAUGGAAAGUAUACGAUAAUAGGCAAGGUCAUCGACGGUGCCGAGGAUGGUGGGACAUUGGACGCGAUGGAAGCGGUUGAUGUGGAUGCAAAGAACAGACCAACAAGCGAGAUUAGGAUGACGGGGGUGAGCAUACACGCCAAUCCUAUUGCGAUCAAGGCGAUCGGCAAGUGA